GAUUCUUUAUUUUUUAUUACGGCUACUACUAAUUAUUAAAUAAAGCAAAAUAAAUUUAUAUUAUUUCGCAAACAUAAUAUAAAAAGUGUGUGAAUUUCUUAAUACAAAUAAAAGAAAAAACUAAUUAAGUGAUGUUUAUUAAAAACAAAAAUAAACUAUAUUAACUACCGCCUUUACCAUAUCGAAUUUAUUGCAUUUAUAUUUCCAAUUGUCUGUGUGACGACUGAUCUCUUCUGAAAUUUCCUAAAAAGAUCACCGUACCGAGUAACGAUCACACUUAGACAAAUAUAGGAAUAACAGCGCAAUUAAUUGAGCAAGCAUGUCGUCCACAACGAAACCUAGUAAUUUCUAUGAAAUUUUAAAUGCCUCUAACACUGCAACGGCUGAUGAAUUGAAAUCAAACUAUAAACAAUUGAUUUUACAAUGUCAUCCCGACAAAUUGCAACAGCAAUUGGAAAACACACACAAUAAAUUAGUAACGAAGAAUAGCAAUGAGGCAGCUAAUAACAACUCGGAAUUUGUAGCCAUAACGGAGGCCUGGAAUUGUUUGAAAGACCCUGUGAAACGUAAACACUAUGAUGCUGAACAAUUGCUGAAUAAAUUUCAGACGCACAAUAAUAUUUAUGCCCACAUUAAAUUGAGUGAAAUGAAAAAGCAACUGAAUACGGGAGAGUAUUUUCAAGACAAUGAAGAAGAACAGAAGGUGAUGGUGGAGCCCAAAAUAAUAAAGGAAAGUGAGGAGGAAAGCGAAACAAAAUAUCUUUAUACAUAUGAUUGCCGUUGUGGCGGUCAAUAUAUUGUGGAUGAGUCAGCUGAACAAUAUUGCGGCUCAGGCAAUCAUGAUCAUCAUCAUCAUCAUCGUGAAACACAAAUCAAAAGCAACGACAACAAUGGUGUUGAUGAUGACGCAGACAGCACCCAAAACAAUAAAAACAGCCCCAAUAAAGUGGAAAAUAAUGGUGGUAGUACUGCUGCUGCUGUUGCUGGUAGUGAAGGCGUUGUUUUCGUUCAACACAACCAUCAUGCUGAUGACGAUGAUGAGCAAGAAGUAGACGACGAAGGCGGCGAAUUGAUUGUUGAAUGCAGUGAAUGUUCUUUGGUGAUUAUAUUGAAUGGCUGAAACUGCAACUUGUUUUUGUUGUUUUGUAAUGAAAUGUUAAAGAAAUCAAUUCUUUAGUUUCGCUUUUUUUUUGUUUGUUUUAUUUUAAAAACAAAUUCUACAAAAAUAAUAAAGAUUAAGCAAUUUCUUGUUGCUUUUUUUGCUGUAAUUCCAAUAAAAAUCAGCAUUUUAUUACAUUUAUAAAAAGCAUUGCCCACAAAUAA